CUCUCCGAUCCACGCACAUGUUUUAGUUUUAGUGUUUCGGCUUUAAAGUUGAUUCGGAUUUUGAUCGAAUUCGUGGUGUCUCAACUCGACUAGCUUAGCGACUGCCAGGAGGUGUUUGCAUCUCAUGAGAAUGAGUUCAGAAUGAAGCGGCGUUUGGAGGAUCAGGAAGUCUUUGCGGCGCAGCAGCGCAGGCCGCUGGGAGGCAUUGAGACCUACCAGCACAGGGUUUUGGCACCAGCGGUGUAUGAGGCUGUAUCUGACAAUGUCCAGCCCACUGCAGGCAUUCAGUAUCCAGUUCCCCAGGGCUACCAGGUUUCCACUGUGACGCAGAGUUCUGGGAGUCAUGGCCACACUCCGAACACUGCUGUUCACAGCAGCUCUCACCACCACAGCCCUGCUGUGCAGCCACACGGCCCUGCGCUGGUCCAGAGUCACGCUCACCCACCCAAUCCCACUGCUUCUGCACAGGGCCAGCAGCAGUUCCAGAGACUCAAGGUUGAGGACGCUUUGUCCUACCUGGACCAAGUCAAGUUGCAGUUUGGAAGUCAGCCACAAGUUUACAAUGACUUUCUGGACAUCAUGAAGGAGUUUAAGUCACAGAGUAUUGACACCCCUGGUGUGAUCAGUCGAGUGUCGCAGCUGUUUAAGGGUCACCCAGACCUCAUUAUGGGCUUCAACACCUUCCUGCCACCUGGAUAUAAAAUUGAGGUGCAGAACAACGACCUAGUGAACGUCACCACACCGGGUCAGAUCCACCACAUUACACCACAUGGCAUAUCGGUGCAGAACAUCCCUCUAGCAGCUCCAGCACAGCACCAGAGUCAUCUGAACGCUCAAACUUCGGGUACUGGUGCCCCUCCAAGCCAGCCAUCCCAGAAAACCAAGCUGUUGCAAUCUCCAGCACUGACGCCUAGCAGUCAGCCCAAUCCAUCCAUCCCCCCAUAUGCCUCACCUCGUUCUCCUCCUCACCAUCCUCACACCCCCAUCAGCAGCACCCCCAACGCCCCACCCCUGCAGAACAACCAGCCUGUGGAGUUUAACCACGCCAUUAACUACGUCAACAAGAUCAAGAACCGCUUCCAAGGCCAGCCAGAUAUCUACAAAUCCUUCCUGGAGAUCCUUCACACAUACCAGAAGGAGCAGCGUAAUGCAAAAGAGGCGGGAGGAAACUACACCCCAGCUCUUACCGAGCAGGAGGUUUAUGCCCAGGUGGCGAGACUAUUUAAAAACCAGGAGGACCUGUUAUCAGAGUUUGGCCAGUUCCUUCCAGAUGCCAGCAGCUCUGUGCUGCUGGGCAAGACGACGGCUGAGAAGGUAGAAUCGGUGCAGAAUGAUCACGGAAGCACAGUAAAGAAGCCACAGCUUAACAACAAGCAGAGGCCGAACCAGAACGGCUGUCAGAUGCGCCGACACUCUGGAAACCCUGCAACCACUCCACCAGUUAAGAAGAAGCCCAAGUUACUGAACCUGAAGGAACCACCCACAGCAGAAGCCACUAAGCACGGAGUUGGCACAGAGUCUCUGUUCUUUGAGAAGGUGCGGAAAGCCUUGCGAAGUGCUGAGGCCUACGACAAUUUCCUGCGCUGCCUGGUCAUCUUUAAUCAAGAGGUGAUAUCACGAGCCGAGCUCGUACAACUGGUGCUGCCUUUCUUGGGGAAGUUCCCAGAGUUGUUUACCUGGUUCAAGAACUUCUUGGGCUACAAGGAGAUGUCACAUUUGGAGACCUACCCCAAAGAGCGUGCUACAGAGGGCAUCGCCAUGGAAAUCGACUACUCAUCAUGCAAAAGAUUGGGCUUCAGUUACAGAGCACUGCCCAAGAGCUACCAGCAGCCCAAAUGCACAGGGAGAACCCCACUAUGUAAAGAGGUGCUUAAUGACACAUGGGUGUCAUUUCCUUCGUGGUCAGAAGACUCCACUUUCGUCAGCUCAAAGAAGACACAGUAUGAGGAGCAUAUUUACAGAUGUGAGGAUGAGCGCUUUGAGCUGGAUGUGGUUCUGGAGACGAACCUGUCUACUAUCCGGGUGCUGGAAUCAGUACAAAAGAAGCUCUCGCGCAUGCCCGCUGAGGAACAGGCUAAGUUCCGAUUGGAUAACACGCUUGGUGGCACGUCUGAUGUCAUCCACAGAAAAGCUAUCCACCGGAUAUACGGAGAAAAAGCCCUAGACAUCAUUGAUGGACUGAAGAAAAAUCCAGCAAUCUCUGUCCCCAUUGUGCUUAAGAGGUUAAAACUGAAGGAGGAGGAGUGGAGAGAAGCACAACGAGGCUUUAAUAAGAUAUGGCGCCAGCAGAACGAAAAAUAUUACUUAAAGUCUCUUGACCAUCAAGGCAUUAACUUCAAGCAAAACGACACCAAGGUGCUACGCUCCAAGACUCUCCUCAACGAGAUCGAGAGCAUCUAUGAUGAACACCAGGAACAGGCCUCUGAGGAAAACGGGACGCCCCCCAGUGGCCCUCACCUCACCUUCACUUACGACGACCGGCAAAUUCUAGAAGAUGCCGCCGCCCUCAUCAUCCACCAUGUCAAGAGACAGACCAGCAUCCAAAAAGAGGACAAGUACAAGAUCAAGCAAAUCAUUUACCACUUCAUCCCUGACCUGCUUUUCUCUCAACGGGGGGUGCUGUCAGAUGCCGAGGAGGAAGAGGAGGACGAAGAGGAUGCUGACCUGGAUGAAGGAGACUUAAAGAAGCACAACGGCGUAACGGGAAGCCCCAGCAAGUCCAAACUGCUCUUUAACAACUCGGCAGCGCAGAAGCUUCGCUCGUGCGAUGACGCCUACAACCUGUUCCUAGUCAAUAAUAACUUGUACAUCUUCUUCCGGCUGCACCAGACUCUGUGCACACGGCUCCUACGACUGUACACGCAGGCCGAGCGCCAGAUCGAGGAGGAGCUGAGGGAGAGGGACUGGGAAAGGGAGGUGCUCGGACUUAAACGAGACAAAAACGACAACCCUGCUGUUCAGCUCCGGCUUAAGGAACCCAUGGACAUUGAGGUUGAAGACUACUACUCAGCCUUUCUGGAGAUGGUGCGCAGCAUGCUGGACGGGAACAUGGAGGCGUCUCUGUACGAGGACUCUCUGAGAGAGAUGUUCACGAUUCAUGCCUACAUUGCCUUCACCAUGGACAAACUGAUCCAGAGCAUCGUCAGGCAGCUGCAGCAUAUAGUGAGUGAUGAGCUCUGCGUUCAGGUAACAGAUCUGUAUCUGUCAGAAAGCAGCAGCAACGCCACCGGCGGCUCACUUACCACGCAAACUUCGAGAGCCACCGCUGAAGGAGCCUACCAGCGAAAAGCAGAGCAGCUCAUGGCAGAGGAGAACUGUUUCAAGUUGAUGUUCGUAAAGAAUCACGAGAAUGUGCAGUUGAUGAUUGAGCUGUUGGACACGGAGGAGGAGAACUCAGAUGAGCAAGUUGAGACAGACCGGUGGUCCGAUUACGUAGGCCGGUAUCUCAGUGCUGAUGUGACGUCACCAGAGCUACGAGAACACCUGUCUCAAAAGCCUGUCUUUCUACCCAGAAACCUGAGGCGAAUCCGGAAGUACCAGCGUGGACGUGAGCAGCUGGAGAAGGAAAUUAAGGAGGGAGAUAAAAAGGAAAAUGCAGAGAACAUGAAAAUGGAGUGCAUGUUCAAGCUCAACUCCUACAAGAUGGUGUACGUCUUCAAGUCCGAGGACUAUAUGUACCGACGCACUGCACUGAUGCGAGCUCAUCAGUCACAUGAGCACGUGAGCACGAAACUGCACCAGCGCUUCCAAACCUGGCUGGACGGCUGGCAGAAAGAACAUGUGAAGGAGCACAUGGCAACUGACACCACCAAGUGGCUCAUGGGAGACAGGCGGGAAGGGCUUCUACCCUGCACAACGGCCAAGGAACCCGAGAUCCUUCACUUCAGGACCGUCAACAAGUACAGAGUCAAGUACAGCAACAGCUUUAAAACGCCAUGAACCCGGGCAGUUUAGAGUGAAAAGGGGGAAGUUCAAGGUAUAGUGGGCAGGGAAGGAUGACUUGGCUACAACUUUUUAAGGACAAAGUGACUGCACAAAGCUAAGCCCAGAAGCUCUUAUGUCACACAGCAGUGGUGGCCGGCUGUGGUAUAUGUCUCAUUUUUAACAGCGUUUCUAGCUGUACCCAUGCCUACUUGUUUGAGUGCCAAACUGUGGGAAGAAACAGGUGAGUCUGUUUGAUGGCUGCACUAAGCAUCGAACAAAGGUAGUUUCCAGGCUUGCAGAGCUGUUACAGUGUAGAUACCAGAAUACUGACCGGGCAGGAGAACUGGCAUUAAUGUAUUACUGUUUGUACAGGUAGAAUCUAUAUAAUAAGGAGAGAAUGCAUUCGUGUUCCAUUUAUCUGCUUCCCUAUGACAGAUGCUGUCAGUAUUGAGCUUCUCUGAUGAAAAACAACAGACCUGUAGCAGCGAAAUGAAGUGCACUUAACUUUGUUUUCCAGCCAUAUAGGGAACUCCACAGGUCUUCAAUAGCUCAGAUCAUAAUCGCCCAUUGUUACGGCCAAUCUAAAAGUACAAUCUUUUUUAUUUAUUUAAAAGCAAAAAAAAAAGAUCAGACAGCAAUAAAGAUCUUUAACCUGUGUUAACUGAGGAGUGCGCAGUGCAGCACAGAUAGCAUUGAGAAACGAAAGAAUGAAGCUUCCAAAUCAUACAGAGGUUGGUUUUUGAAUGUCAGAAUGGGACGUGAGCACAGUUGUUGCUGGCUGCAAACCUUACAAAGUUGCUGGCAAAGCCCAAUGCCUAUACACCAGCUCGAGCACACACACACACCACCAGUUACCAAUAGACUCUAUACAUACACAGAAACAUUUCACUAUUGUUGUAAAUAAUUUGUAUAUAUUACCAGACUUUUUUAUGACAGAGACCUGUGUUGUGCUAGUGAACCUUUUACAGGCUUACUGCAGACUUUAGGACAAGAUGGCUCAACUUCGAACCCAUACGGACAAAAACAUGCAAAAUGCGUUUAAUACAGUUUUUACCAAAGGGAGUUGAUUCUAAUAAUAGCUGUUUGUUUUCUUUCUUUCUUUGUGUGUUUAUUACCUAUUUUUGUCUCUUUUAAUAGUAAAGGAGUGUUCAUUUUUGAAAAGUAGAAAUGUAUCCAGGUUCUUGUUUUUGAAAUGUUUUUAUAAGAUUAAAAAAGACAAAGCUUUUUAAUUUUUGAACAACAAAACUGGGCUCACUUCAGCACACUUUAAUCACUGCCUGUUUGGAUAUGCAUCCAUCUCUAGUCUGAACACUGACGAACCCACGCCGUCAAAGCUCACACUAUCCUGGGCUAACCGAGAAGCCCCAACGAUGCAACGCAUCGGCGCAUUUGCCGUGCAAGGGUUUCUCCAUCAGCCUGGUUAGAUUUCUGCUGGAUAAGAAUAUAAAUAUAAAUCUAUAUAUAGAAGUUAUAAAUAUAUGCAUUUUAAAAAUGGAAGUCACAAAAGCAUGUCUUUUCUGUGGAUCAUCAUAGCCCCUUUAUUUCAAUAUUAUUUAAGAUCAUAAUAAAAGAACAUUUGUAGCAAAUUGUCA